CCCAUUUGGGUAAAUUUUCAUGGACUUCAGGGUUAUUGGCCAAGAAGGUCACAUGGCAGCAACUAGUGACGAAAGUGAGAUAAUAGGCACUCGAAUUAGAGAAUCUUCGCAAACUAUUCUAUAGCGCAAAAACGGUACAGUUCAUACAGCAACCACCGACGGUACAGUUCGUGACUUCGUGUGUUAGGCGACUGGAAAGCCUUUGCGUCGAUUCGCCGGCGGAACGAAGGGAGAUAUAAAGAGAUGAGAGGAGCGUUUCUCUACAGAACCGCUUCGUCGGCGAAUUUGAAGAUCAGAGCUCGUACAGCAACCACCGCCGGAGCAGCCUACAAGCUCCUCGCAUCCGCUUCAUUGAGCACGGGCUACGACGGGGAGGAAGGACUGCCUAGCGCUUCCAAGGUCAAGAUUUUCGAUCGGGAACUCAAGCGGAGACAACGCGAUCGAGCUGCGUGGUUGUCGACGGCGAAAGAUCCUUUUGCAGAUGCGGUCGCUGAGAAUCUACUCGAUCGUUUGGAGGAUUGUAAGAAGACAUUUCCGACUGCAUUAUGCUUAGGAGGUUCAUUAGCAGCUAUCAGACGCCAAUUACGCGGGCAAGGGUCUAUUGAAAAGUUGAUUAUGAUGGACACAUCUCAUGACAUGAUCAAAUCAUGUAGACAGGCUAAUGAGGGUGCAUCUAAUAAUGAUAAUAUCGAAACUUCAUUUGUGGUUGGUGAUGAAGAGUUUCUACCCAUGAAAGAAAGUUCGGUAGAUUUGGUGAUCAGUUGUCUGGGACUCCACUGGACGAAUGACCUUCCCGGAGCCAUGAUACAGUGUAAAUUGGCGUUGAAACCAGAUGGCCUAUUUUUGGCAGCGAUUCUAGGCGGAGAAACAUUGAAGGAGCUGAGAAUAGCCUGCACUGUGGCUCAGAUGGAGCGUGAAGGCGGCAUCAGUCCUCGAAUGUCACCUUUGGCUCAGGUUCGUGAUGCAGGUAACUUGUUGACCAGGGCAGGUUUCACUCUCCCUGGUGUGGAUGUUGAUGAGUACACAGUUAAGUACAGAAGUGCUCUAGAACUGAUAGAUCAUUUGCGUGCAAUGGGAGAAACCAAUGCUCUUCUUCAACGAAGCAAUAUCCUGAAGAGAGAAACAGCAUUGGCGACUGCUGCAGUCUACGAAUCGAUGUUUGGCGCAGAAGAUGGCACCAUUCCAGCUACGUUCCAGGUGAUUUACAUGACAGGUUGGAAAGAACACCAUUCUCAACAGAAGCCCAAAACGAGGGGAUCCGCCACUGUGUCUUUCCAGGACCUUCAUAAGCAUUUGGCGACUGAUCAAAGCUGAACUGAAGCCUUUUCUUCCAUUAAGCAAUUUGGUUAAAGCCUUCCAGUUCCGGCUUCUAAACCAGUAUUUGUAGAUUAUACUCUUUCAUGUUUAUUUUAUUCUGAAAACAUCCACUUCAAAAGCAAAUGUAUUAUGGAUAUGUCUGUCUUGUUUAUCAGAGCUAGAGUGCACAGAACAUAAGUACAAAAUAAUCAAAAGGUUUACGGUUCACCACCAAAUUUCUCAUUUCUCAAAACCCAAGCUAAACCUCUUGGGAUAUUGGAGGUUGAUUAUAGGGAUGAGAGGUUUAGCUUGAGUUUUGGAGAAUUAUAGGAUUUGGUGGUGAUUGGUGAAGAAGGUAGCAUAAGGAAUGAAUCGGGCUGAAUUGAGAAAAAGGUGGAAGGGUUUGCUUGUUUGAAAUCUAGAGUUCUUGAUGAAGAGGAACGAGCUGGUUAAUGAAUAAGUUACCGUCGGUGCCUUUUCGCGCAUCGUCGGCUCUCUUGCGCGCCUAAUAGUAUGAACUGGUAAUGUUGAAUGUUGUCAUUUGUGGGAUUCAAGUAUGAAUAUUCAUAUUUGGAUGUUAUUCUAGAUGUUGUAUUUUACAACUUUAAAUGUGAGUAUUGAUAAUUUGGUUUGUAAUGAUGUAUGUUAUUUAUUUGUAAAUCUAGAUUAUUGAGAAUUUGAGAUUGACUUUGAGAUGUCAAUGACUCCCCAAUAUCAACUACCCACAUAUCCUGACAAAAUCGGCUUAAUACAGUUCAAUUUUGAUC